GUCCAAAAGCCAUCGGAACCUCACAUUCCCAGACUUCCUUGGAUUUUUCCCUGCCGUUGUUCCGCCACUUCCCAUCCACGGCCGCGCCCACAGUCCCACGCGCCCGUACUACGCAACAAGAAACUGCGCGCUGCCACGACAAAGCCCGCAAAAGAAAAGCGCAAGGAAAUAAAAGAGAAGAUUCUGACCUCCUCGAUCUCCCCGCCGCCGCCGUCUCCCCCGCUCCCAGCUCCCAAUCUUCUCCUCCCGCUCCUCCUCCUCGCUUCCAUCCCGACCCCGAGACACAUCGCUCUAGGUCGUUUGCCCACGUUUACCUCUCCGUCCGCGCGCGUGACCGCAUCAUUGCGCCAUCAGUCCCCGCGCCGGACGACCAAACGCCACCGAACGCCAUUAUGGGAGGCAAGUACUCCUAGCAGGAGGAGUAGGAGCAUACUACUCCACUUCAUUCCACUGCUACUUGAGAGCUGCGCGCGCGCGUACGUUCUCCCGUCUGCACCAGCCGCCGCGCACGCGGCCGCGAUGGGUUGCAAGGGGUCCAAGCUCGACGACCAAGAGGCCGUCGCGCUGUGCCGUGCCCGCGCCGACCUGCUCGCCGCCGCGGUGCGGCACCGCUACGCGCUCGCCGACGCGCACGCGGCCCUGGCCGACUCCCUCGAGUCGAUUGCCGCGCCGCUGCACCGCGUCCUCCGCCUGGCUGAUUCGCCGCCGCUUACGCUGCCCUCCGAGCGCAAGGGUGGCGCGGCUGCCAACCGGCUGCCGCGGUCCUUCGACCCGCCGUCAACGCCCCACGGCCAUUCCUCGCACUUCGAGUUCGGCUCGUCGUCCGGAUCCGAGCCGGCUUCGCCGGCCGACCUGCCUCCCAGUCGCGUCCCCGAGCAGCAGCUGCCGCCGCCGCACCCAUAUUACGCGUACGGUUACGGGUACGCGCCCGCGCCCCAGCCUGCGUACGCGUACCCGGCGACGGCGCAGGCGGGCUCGCUGCAGUUCUACUACGCUCGCAGCUGCCCGCCCCCGGCGUCGGUCGCCGUGUCGCAGCGCGCGCCGCGGCCGCCGGAGCGCGUGUACUUCGGCUCGUUCGACGCGGCGGGGGGUUACCCGCAGUACCACGCCUUCGGCGCCCAGCAAGCCGCAGCCCCGGUUGCGCCGCAGCGGGCGGCGGUUGCUCCGCCUUCACCGCCGAAGGCGAGCUCGUGGGACUUCUUCAACGUCUUCGAGAACUACGACUCGUACGAGUACGACAACUACUAUUACAACCCCGCGGCCGCGGCACCGUACACGCCGAGCCGGAGCUCGCGGGAGGUGCGCGAGGAGGAGGGCAUCCCGGACCUGGAGGAGGACGAGGAGGACAGGGUGGUCGUGAAGGAGGUGGACGGCGAGUGCUCAGCACCUGGGAGUUGCGGCGCGCGCAGCCGGCGCAGCUCGGUCGGCGGUGUGAGCAGCAUCGCCGAGCUCGACGAGACGGAGAAUAUCGUUGUCCAUAAGGACGUAAUGGGCGAGGUACGACGGAGGCCACCGUCACACCGUAAUGUAUCCGUGCCCGCACCAGAAGCUCCAGCUCGGAGGGUCGUUGGUAAUGCGGAUGUUGCCGGCGAGAUCAAGGCACAGCUUGUCUGCACGGCGGAGGCGGCAAAGCAGCUUGCGCCCUUGCUCGGGGUCGGGAGGCCGAGCUACCAAGGACGCAGCUCAGCCUACCAUUCUUCAUCAAGGAUGAUGUCGGCUAUCUCCGUGUCUCAUUUGGGGUGCAAAGACAUGGACUUGUUGGACGUCGGGCUAGUAGGGAAGGUGGUGGACACGCGGAGCCUAUCCUCGGUGCUUGAGAAGCUCUAUUUCUGGGAGAGGAAGCUGUAUGGUGAGGUCAAGGCUGAGGAGAAAAUGCGUUUACUUCUUGCCAAGAACUCCAAGCGACUGAAAUUCCUGGAUCAAAGGGGUGCUGAAGCUCAUAAGAUUGAUGCAACUCGAAAUUUGCUGAGAAAGCUUUCAACAAAGAUAAGAAUAGCCGUGCGUGUUAUUGCCAAGGUUUCAAGAAAGAUAAACAAAGUAAGGGAUGAGGAAUUAUGUCCACAAGUUAAUGCCUUGAUUCAAGGGUUUGUGCAAUUGUGGCAAGAUAAACUAGACUCGUACCAUACUCAGUGUCAAGUAAUAUCAGAAGCAAAACACUUGUCUUCAGAUGUGUCAGGUGGAAAUGGCGGAGAUUUGAUGGAGCUUGAACUAGAGCUGAUUAAAUGGAUUGUCAAUUUUUCAUCUUGGGUGAAUGCACAGAGGAACUUUGUGAAGGCACUGAAUGGAUGGCUUGCACUCUGCCUUGACUACGAGCCUGAGGAGGCAGAUAAUGGAGCUCCUUCUUACUCACCUGGAAAAAUAGGUGCUCCAUUGGUUUUUGUUAUCUGCAACAAAUGGUCUCAAGCUAUGGAUCGGAUUUCUGAGAAGGCUGUGGUCAACGCCAUGCAAGCUCUUGUGUCUAGUUUACAGCAUUUGUGGGAGCAGCAGCAUCUUGAACAAAGCGAACAAAUCAUCGCAAUUCGAGAAAGAGAAAAAUGGAUCAAGAUUUUGGAGAGAAAGACACAGGAGAUUAACAAGGAGGCUGAUGAAUUAAACAAGAAGCUGGCGCUAAUACCAAGCCGGCAGAGACUGCAUGUGCCUCGGACCAUACAAAUGUAUGAGGCCCAUUGUGUUGAGGCAAGUAACUUGCACAUAAAUUUGAGCCUAGUUCUUCAAGCUUUAGAAAACUUUGCUGCCAAUUCCCUGCAAGCUUUCCAGGAGAUAUUAAGAUGUGCUGAAGGGGCAAGGUUGCCAAGAGAUAAUGAGUGAGAAAACCGUAGCAACAAUAAAGGUUGAAACUGCAAACCCAUCUCGUAAGGCUUCAGCAUCUCAUUACUAGGUGAAAGCAGAAGAACAAUUGGAACGAAAAUAUAUGAUACAGAGGUCGCAGCAAGGUGGCUCCUUCAGGUGCCAUGGCUUCCUGCAUAAACAAACUUGGAUGGGCUUUUGUGCCACAGAUAACAGACUCGGAUGGGUUUUGUGCAAUUGAAGAUCUGUCAUUUGAGAAGUUGAGCUAAUGACACCACAAACUCCAGGACAAAGAUCCUAACUGAAAGGACCACAUUGUUUCCUUGGCUCAGGGAAGUGUAUAUAUAUACCUUUGUCGAAUAGCACCAAGGAUAUCAAAUGCCGAAGGUUUAGCAGAAAUCUGUGGUACAGGCUCAGAGCGAAUCCAAGGGUUCUUCCGAAAACAAACCAGUUUAAGCUUGGUGAUAGGUGUAUGUGAAGUGGCUGGAAAAUGUAAAAUCGAUCGAAUGCGCAUUACGGGAACAAGCUUUUGAUGUUUGAAACUGUACAUAUUUCGUUCUGUCUUCACGAUCUCUUACUUUUUUAGCGCUUGUAGCUGGUAGCUAUCAAUUUCUACAUCAAAGAAUGGUAUUGCAAUUUCCUGUGCACUACAUUUCAUCUUU